UCCUUUUACAUCAAUUUUCCAAACAUAACACGGCACUAAGUGAUUUCAUUGGCCUAUUCUAUUAGAUCCAACCAAUGAAACCGCUCAGUGUCGAUUUUUGAUACAAAAUUGAUGUAGAAGGAAUGCACCCAGUAUAACGCCACUUCUAACUCCAAACGCCAUUUUGAUUGAUGGCUGCCAUUGCUGACUAUUAUUGUUUACGUUUCUAUGGGUUUUUACCAGAAAUUUCCGAUAGAAAUACUGUGAAUAUUUAUUAUUUGGACUUCUGAGAAGUAUGUGCGAGUGAACCCCAUUCUGUCUUACAUUCUAUUGACGAGAAGGGCUGAGGAGUCAAGUUUAGGUUUAUAAAAUGUCACUCUGGGCUAAGGCACAACAGCUACCGCCAGAAGCAUUGCAGCAAGUCCGCUCUGUUUAUGGCGAGCACUUCCCAAUCGAAGUGCGGCACUUUCUAUCGUCAUGGAUCGAAGAAAAAAUGUGGGCUGAUAUCGAGCCAGAUAAUCCACAACACGAACAAUAUAUAACUAGCCUUGUUGGACUAUUGGUACAGGAAUUGGAAGCUAAAGCAGCAUCGUUUACGACUGAAGAUAUGUUUCUAACAAAAUUGAAACUAAUGGAAGCAGCAAAGAUGUUCAGACAAAGAUAUAGUCAGAACCCUACCGCCUUGUUCAAAAUAAUAACGCAUUGCUUGGGAACAGAAACGAAAUUAGUUGCACAAGUUGAAAAUGUUGGGGGUACAUUGAUGAACAUGGCUGGUGGACGGGGGUUGAUGGCAGGGAUGGAUGUGAUCACAGAAAUUGCUCAACAAGUUGAUACAUUACGGCGUAGAACACAAGAAACUGGGGAAGAUUUACGUAGGAUGGAACAAGAGCAAGAAGCUUUUGCCAUCAGUUAUCAUGAUUGCACUAAACUAAGCACACACCUGCAACAUUAUACUACACAACCUCAAAAUCAGCAGGGUGUUGAGCUCGAAAAAAAGUUGCGAAGUAUUUACAGACAGAAGGACCAACAAGAACUACUGUUAAACCAUAAGGUAACUGGCCUCAUGCAGCUCCGACUGACAUUAGCUGACAAAUUGAAGGAUACUAUUGCCAGGCUCAACAACCUCCAAUCCAGAGUUCUUGAUGAUGAACUUAUUAGAUGGAAACGAGAUCAGCAGUUGGCAGGAAAUGGAGCUACUUUUAAUAGCAAUUUAGAUUCUAUUCAAGAAUGGUGCGAAAGUCUUGCCGAACUAAUAUGGCACAAUAGGCAACAGAUCAAAGAGGCUGAACGUCUCAAACAAAAACUUGCCUUGGAUCAUCCUGGGGUGCAGGAUAUUCUUCCCACCUUAAAUUCGCAAAUUACCCAGCUUUUGAGUUCUCUUGUUACAAGUACCUUCAUUAUUGAAAAACAACCACCACAGGUGAUGAAGACCAACACACGAUUCACAAGCACAGUACGUCUUUUGGUCGGUGGUAAAUUAAACGUUCAUAUGACACCUCCACAAGUGAAGGUCAGCAUAAUUAGUGAAGCACAGGCUAAUGCCCUCCUGAAGAGUGAUAAGAUGGCCAAAAGUGGCGAGGCCAGUGGAGAAAUUCUGAAUAAUACCGGCACCAUGGAAUACCAUCAGGCAACCCGACAACUUUCGGUGAGCUUCCGAAACAUGCAGUUAAAAAAAAUAAAACGUGCAGAGAAGAAAGGAACCGAGUCUGUUAUGGACGAAAAGUUUUCACUUCUAUUCCAAUCACAAUUUAGUGUUGGUGGUGGGGAAUUAGUCUUCCAAGUAUGGACGCUUAGUCUUCCUGUUGUGGUAAUUGUGCAUGGGAAUCAAGAACCACAUGCUUGGGCAACAGUUACCUGGGAUAACGCCUUUGCUGAACCAGGAAGAGUACCAUUCGCGGUCCCUGACAAAGUGCCAUGGGGGCAAGUUGCCGAGGCAUUAAACGUCAAAUUCCGUUCAGCUACUGGACGUCCCUUGACAGAGGACAAUCUUCGAUUUUUAGGCGAAAAAGCUUUCAGAGGCGGCAGUUCAGGAAAUCAGGAUUAUUCGGGGCUGCUCCUUACUUGGGGACAGUUCUGCAAGGAGCCACUGCCUGAAAGGAACUUUACGUUUUGGGAAUGGUUUUAUGCAGUCAUGAAAUUGACAAGAGAGCACUUACGUGGCCCUUGGAUAGAUGGCUACGUACUUGGUUUUGUACGAAAGAAGCAAACGGAGGAAAUGUUAGCUACUUGUGCUUCCGGGACAUUUCUCAUGCGGUUCUCAGAUUCGGAACUUGGCGGUGUCACUAUUGCUUGGGUUGGCGAUCAAAGAGAAGUGUUUAUGUUGCAACCAUUUACCAGCAAGGACUUUGCUAUUCGGUGUCUGGCUGACCGAGUCUCCGACUUACAACACCUCCUGUAUCUAUAUCCAGAUCUGUCCAAAGAUCAUGCCUUUUCUAAAUACUACACGCCAUUCAAUGACAGUCAGCCCACGACAAAUAAUGGCUAUGUUAGGCCACUAUUAGUGACACACGUUCCUGGUUGGGGAGGCCCUGGAAGCGGAGGUCAGACACCUUCGCAUUCGUCCGUUGUUGGAAUUGGAGGAAGUCAUGGUGGUCAAGGUGGUAGCUAUCCUGCAACACCCAUGUUCCAGGCACCCAGCCCUGAUCCCUCUGUUACCAGAGACACUCCGUCUGUUGCAUCAAGCUAUGCUCCGGGCCUUGGCCAGUCGGGGGUAGGAAGGUUCAACGCAGAUACGGAGUACGGAGAUAUUUUGAACCAGCCCGAUUUGAACUUGGACCCGCUCAACGGAUUGACGUUCCCUGAAUUCAUGCAAUAGGAAAACCCAGCCCCAGUAGGUAUGCCCAUCAAUUUUUAUCAACAAUCAAUUAUUGAAUCGCCAUUUUGAAAUUUUCUGUUUACAAGAUUCGAUUAAUUCUAUAUGGCGGAUGUGAUCCGCUCCUCGUUAUUAAGAGGGGUAUAGAAGAUGAGAAGUAUAAGUCCAAACAAAGCGACAUGCUGUUGAGAUCAUUUAACUGUAUUAUAUUAAUAAUACAAAGACGACAUACAAAGUAUACUGACAAAUUUACUAGUUUAUUGUGCAGCACUUGUAUACCUCAGAAGUAAUAAUAGAUUCACUUUUUAGGAGAUUAAAUUAGAUGAUUACAGUUUUAAUCAUGUUUCACAAGUCAGACAUAAGCAAAAAAAAAUAAAAAUUCAUCAAAAACAACGAUGCAAGUUAAGAUUGAACCUGGUACCGAAUAAUACAGGGUAAAUGCAAUUCUGCAAGUGAUAAUGCUGUUCUAUCUUUGUGAAUUCAACGGUACAAUAAUUUUUUACCACUGUUAUUGAAGUGAUAUACAUUGUCAUUUAAGUAAGAUUGUUGAAUGUACAGAGAUUUUUAAAAUGAAUUUUAACAGUCGAUAUUGAAGUUUGUUAAGUAAAAAAAAUAUUCGAAGUCAAUUACAACCAAGAAAACUAAAAUAUAUAUAUAAGACAAAAUGCCCAAGAUAAAUGCAUUCUGUUUUAUAAAAAAAAGUCAACGAAAAUAUUGGACUUAUGCUGUUUGUUCCCUCGAGCCUCUAUAUUAUAUGUAGUAAUAAUGAAUUAAUAAUUGUUAUGUCUGUAAUGAAUCAACGAAACUGUAGGCCUCUUUUAGGUUUUAUUGCAGACCGGGGAUGACACGUUGUCCUUUAAUAUAUGUGGGCUGCUUUGCAAAAAGCCUGAAGUUAACACUAUCUAUUGAUCUUUUUAUCCAAGAUUUAGAGUUUAUUUUAUUAUUGAAAAUUUUACCUUCUGUAUUAGAUGGAUAUUAAUCGAUAGCUUGAACAUACUAUAUUGUAAGAUUUGCGCAUACAUCUACACGCACGUGCUAAUAAAUUAUUAACGUAUCACGCUAUGAACAAAUUUUAUACACGUGGCAAUUCAAAGUCUGGAUUUCCUUCGAUUUACUCAAGGCUAGUCAAAUGCUAACUAGACUAAUUUCAAGAUUACUGCUUUGUAUGUAGCCUCAACAUCUUACCUUGCAGUAAUCUUUAAGUAAUAUAUAUCACUGCUACCACCAUGCACAAUGCUAAAAAGUCUCAGUUUAACUUUUAAAUGAAUGCAAUAUGUAAGACAAAGAACUUGAAUUGUGUGGACGAAGGUGUAGGGUGGCUUGCAUUAGGAUUCUGAUUAAAAGAGUCAUUUGUAUGUAUUUUAACACACAUUAGUUACUAAUUUUUAUUGCGAGUUUUAUACAUUAUAACAUCCAUAUAGAUUUAUUUACUGAUAAAAUUUUCUCUUAUCAGUCUUCACAAGUUUAACUCAAUUAUAAAGCCAAAGAUGAGCUUUUAAAGUUGAAUCAAAAACCAGCGAGAUUUUACAUUUGUCAAACGUACCCUACUUUUAUGCAAGUAAGAGACACCCUAUAAGAAAAUUUAGUUUAUCCAGCAAACAGCUGAGAUGUGACAUGGUCAAAUAAUAACACAGAAUUGCAAUAUAUAAUUGAAAAAAUAAUCUAUAAUUAAAAUAAUCAGAAAAACAAACUGUACGAAAAGUUUUCCAGUUUUAUUAGAAUUUUUUCAAGAUGCUUACAAAAGUUUAUUAAGAUUUUUAAGUUUUUUUUUACAUUUGUCGGGAUUAAUGUUAUUAUUAUUAUUAUUAUUAUUUUGAACGUGCUAACUAAUCAAGGUCACAAUCUUCUUGUGAUUCUGGUGGACAGGGACACUCGGCCGAAAUACUGUCUUCGACAUAGUAACCUGGAGCAGGGUAACUCUGGUGAUACACAGUAUCAUCGCACAUCUUAGCUGUGGGCGGUUUGUAUUGUGUCUUUUGAGCCCAAGGCAAUUCCAUUUUAGGUCUUGGAAUCCAUGGCUGAUAGGAUAGUUUGUUAAUAGUUUCUCCAUCUAUCUUUGCCGCAGGUCUGACAAUGGAAGGAUGUAAAUUAAUUUGAGUAAUUCCUUACAUAUUGAGUAUUUCUAUCUAGUACAAUUGAUUCCAACUUUAGGAAGCAAAGUGAAAGUCAAUCCCUGGUCGAUGCAUUUCAGUAUCGAGAAAGAAAUAAUGAUUUGUGAGUGGUUCACUCAGGUUCAAUAAUUACGUAUUAAUCUUUGUAAAUUGACAAUGUUAGUAUUUUAUCAUUUAGUUUAUAGCAUGCAUUUUGCAGUCACUGCUGUAGACAAGUGUAGUUUGUACUUUUUUUCUUUUUUACGAUUAUAAAAAUUCAAGCAAAUUUAAUUACACAGUCAGUCUGUUUAACGAAAACUGGUUUUAACUUGAUAAAUCGACACCUUCAACACCAAGUUGCAAGAAUUUUGUGGCCUUAUGAGAAUUAAGUAUACGGACUGUUCAAAUAUGUUUUUUACGUUCACAUUAGGUUCUGCUUUAUUUGUAUGAGCAUUAACAAAAUUGGUAUAUAGUCGCCUUAACAUUAAUUAAAAUAAUCAUUGCUCUUUGUCAGCCUUGAUGUGUUGAAGAACUGUAUACAUUUAAUUAUGCAGAUUGAUAUACAUAAUUUAUUAACAUAAUUGUAUGCGUCCAGGAAAUAUCCAAUGUUAUAAUAUUCGAUGUUACACUCAAUAUGAAAUAAAGUUAGAUAUACAUGAAAGUUAAAAUAUCGUCUAGCCUAAGUAAUAAUUUUGUAACAUUUUUUAAUAUCUAAGAAACUAAUUUACACACGAUAAUGUUAUGAAAAUUUACAAGUGUUGGAGAUAAGCAGAAAAUUUAAAACUCUUGCUAAACCAAA